UGGGACGCCGCGCUCCGCCCGGAGGAGCCGCUGGCGGAGCGCGCGCAGAGACGGCGGCCCGGAGCCCCCCGCCCGGAGGCCCAGUCUCCCGCCCCGGCCCUGAGCCACCCUUGGACUCGGUGGCGGCUGGCAGUCACCCGGCGCGCACGGCCGGCGAAUGGGGCGAUGGCUCGGCUCUCGGGACGCGAGGAGCCCCCGGGCCGGGAGCCCGCAGGCCACGGUCGCGGCGGGCGGGGCGGGGCCCGGGGCGCGGCCCGCGCCCGGCAGGUCAUCAUCAACGUGGGCGGGUGCCGCGUGCGCCUGGCCUGGGCCGCGCUGGCGCGCUGCCCCCUGGCGCGCCUCGAGCGCCUGCGCGCCUGCCGCGGCCGCGACGAGCUGCUCCGCGUGUGCGACGACUACGACGCCAGCCGCGACGAGUUCUUCUUCGACCGCAGCCCGUGCGCCUUCCGCGCCAUCGCCGCGCUGCUGCGCGCCGGGAAGCUGCGGCUGCUGCGCGGGCCGUGCGCGCUGGCCUUCCGCGACGAGCUGGCCUACUGGGGCAUCGACGAGGCGCGGCUGGAGCGCUGCUGCCUGCGCCGCCUGCGCCGCCGCGAGGAGGAGGCGGCCGAGGCGCGCGCGGGGCCGCCGGGGCGCCCGGGGCCGCCCGAGCCCGGCGCCGGGGGCCGCCCCGCGCGCGGCCGGGGCCCGGGGCGCCUGGAGCGCGGCCGCCGCCGGCUCCGCGACGUGGUGGACAACCCGCACUCGGGGCUGGCGGGCAAGCUCUUCGCGUACGUCUCCGUGGCCUUCGUGGCCGUCACGGCGGUGGGCCUCUGCCUGAGCACCAUGCCGGACAUCCGCGCGGAGGAGGAGCGGGGCGAGUGCUCCGCCAAGUGCCGCAACCUUUUCGUGCUGGAGACGGUGUGCGUGGCCUGGUUCUCCUUCGAGUUCCUGCUGCGCUCGCUGCAAGCCGAGAGCAAGUGCGCCUUCCUGCGGACGCCGCUCAACAUCCUGGACGUGCUGGCCAUCCUGCCCUUCUACGUGUCGCUGCUGGCGGGGCUGGCGGCAGGCCCGGCGGGCAGCAAGCUGCUGGAGCGCGCGGGGCUGGCGCUGCGGCUGCUGCGGGCGCUGCGCGUGCUCUACGUGCUGCGCCUGGCGCGCCACUCGCUGGGGCUGCGCUCGCUGGGGCUCACCGUGCGCCGCUGCGCGCGCGAGUGCGGGCUGCUGCUGCUCUUCCUCGGCGUGGCCGUGGCGCUCUUCGCGCCGCUCGUGCACCUGGCCGAGCGCGAGCUGGGCGCGCGCCGCGACUUCUCCAGCGUGCCGGCCAGCUACUGGUGGGCCGUCAUCUCCAUGACCACCGUGGGCUACGGCGACAUGGUGCCCCGCAGCCUGCCCGGGCAGGUGGUGGCGCUGAGCAGCAUCCUCAGCGGCAUCUUGCUCCUGGCCUUCCCGGUCACCUCCAUCUUCCACACCUUCUCACGCUCCUACUCGGAGCUCAAGGAGCAGCAGCACCGUGGCGCCCGGGCCGAGCCAGCCCCACGAGAGGACGAAGCCCGGGGCCUCCCCGGGCCUGGGCCUGGCGGGGAGCCCGGCGUGAGGUCGCCCUCCGGGCGCCGAGGUGGCCUGGGGAGGCCUUGA